AUGACCGCCCGCCGCUCUCAGCGCCCCGCGCCGCCCAUUGGCCGCGCCGCGCCCCGGGCCCGCCCCCUCGGCCUCCCCAUUGACAGCGCCCCGCACGGACCGCGUCCCCAUUGGGUGGCGGUGCCGGCGGCCACGCCCCCCGCCGGAGCCGGUCCCCGCCGCCCCGCCCGCCCGUCCCAGCGUCCUACGCUCCCAUUGGUCGCUCUCUCCGAGGGCCCGCCCCCCACGCGCUGCCAUUGCCGCCAUCUUGCGGCGCGUUGCGACACGGGGGCCGCGAUGGCAACGGGCGCGGGGCCGGCGGCGCUUACGGCAGCACCGGCCGGGCCGGGUCGGGCCGCGGCCCCCGCGGGUCCCGCCGCGCUCCUCGGCCUCCCGCCGCCCUUCGCCGAGCAAGACGAGGAUGACGUGCACAAGUGCGGGCGCUGCCAGGCCGAGUUCAGCUCCCUGCAGGAGUUCGUGCAGCACAAGCUGCAGAAGGGCUGCCAGCGCCCUCCCGACGCGCUCGCCGGGCUCCUCGGCCAGGAAGGACAAAAGGGGGUUCCUGCUGUCGAGGAGUCCAUCACUGUCGCCCACAUUGUUGUUGAAGCCUCUUCCAUAGCAGAGGAGAUCAGCAGUGCCUCGACCAUCGUAGGCAGCGGGCACAUCAAAGAAGUCAUUGUAGCAGGAGACCAUGUCUUUGAGAAUGCAGACGGGCCCGUGGACGGGGAGGUGGGUGAGGAGCAGGGCAGCCCCGAGGAGCAGGAGCAGGACGUUCCCAGCGAGCUGGUCAAGGUGAAGCUGCAGGUGAACAAGGAGGGGCGAUACGUGUGUGGGCUGUGCCAGAAGACAUUCAAAACUGCCAGCAUCCUCAAAGCUCACAUGAUCACUCACAGCAGCAGGAAGGACUAUGAGUGUAAACUCUGUGGAACUUCCUUUAGGACAAAGGGGUCUCUGAUCCGACACCACCGGCGGCACACUGAUGAGAGACCUUACAAAUGCAAGAAAUGUGGGAAAAGCUUCCGAGAAUCAGGAGCUUUGACUCGGCACCUUAAAUCUCUGACACCUUGCACCGAAAAGAUUCGCUUCAACAUGACCAAAGAAAUAGUUGUCAACAAAGAGGAUUUGCCAUCAGGCUCGUGCAGCUCCAACACAGACACGGUCUCAUCGAUAGCGAGCGAGUCCAUCGAGGCCUCCCCCGUCAUCCACCUCGUGACAGAUGCAAAGGGAAACGUUCUCCACGAAGUCCAUGUCCAGAUGCAGGAACUUCCUGUGGUGGAUGGAAAACCCCUGGACCCAGACCAGUCGCAUCCUGAGGAGCUGCCCUGUGAGGGGGAAGUGAACAGUGAGAAUCUGCUGAGGCAGGCCAUGAGGAAUUCGGGAAUUGUGAUCGAGAGAGUUGCUGUGGAGGAGGUGCAGAAGCCGGAUGAACCUGCUGGAGCUGCUCCAGAACUAGAAGUGGUGGAAGUAGAAGAGGAGCCGUGUGGAGAACAGUGUGUUAAAUUAGAAGAAGCAGAGUCUGCACCUGCAGAAAGAACCAACGGGUACAAACGGUACAUUUGCCCUCACUGUAACGAAGCCUUCAGUGAAACUGCUGCCCUGGAGACACACAUCAAAAGUCACACAGAGUACAAACCCUUCAAGUGUGAGGAGUGUGGCAAAGAGUUCACAAAGGCCUACCUGCUGAAGAAGCACCAGGAGGUGCACGUGAACGAGCGGCGGUUCCGCUGCGGGGAGUGCGGGAAGCUCUACAAGACCAUCGCCCACGUGAAGGGGCACCGGCGGGUGCACUCGGACGAGCGGCCCUACCCCUGCCCCAAGUGUGGCAAGCGCUACAAGACAAAGAACGCGCAGCAGGUGCAUUUCCGCACGCACCUGGAGGACAAGCCGUACGUGUGCCAGUUCUGCAGCCGGGGGUUCCGGGAGAAGGGCUCCCUGGUGCGCCACAUCCGCCACCACACCGGAGAGAAGCCCUUCAAGUGCUACAAGUGCGGGCGCGGCUUCGCCGAGCACGGGACGCUCAACAGGCACCUCCGCACCAAAGGUGGCUGCCUCGUUGCUAUGAAAGAGGUGGAAGAAGUGAUGGUGUCUGAGGAGAGUCAGUCAGCGGACAACUUGGCGGCCACGGUGAUUUCGGAGGAUCCCCACACUGUGCUGGUGGAGUUCUCCUCAGUGGUGGCUGACACUCAGGAGUACAUCAUCGAGACUUCUACUGAAGACAUGGAGACCAGUGAAGCUACUGAAAUAAUAGAGGGAACAAGACAUGAGGUCGACAGCCACAUCAUGAAGGUGGUGCAGCAGAUCGUGAACCAGGCGAGCUCGGGCCACCAGAUCAUCGUGCAGAACGUCACCGUGGCCGAGGGCGCCGGCGCCGCCGCGGACGCCGCCGACACCAUCACCAUCGCCACCCCCGAGAGCCUGACGGAGCAGGUGGCCAUGACCUUGGCCUCGGCCAUCGGGGACGGGGCCGUGCUCGCCGCCGACGGCGCCGUCGCCGCCCAGGAGGCCACGGUGACCAUGGUGGCAUCUGAGGACAUCGAGAUCAUGGAGCACGCGGGCGAGUUCGUCAUCGCCGCGCAGGAGGGGGAGCUGGAGGUGCAGACUGUCAUCGUGUAGGGCACCCAGAGCCAGCUGGGGGGCCCAGCCCGGGGCAUUGGGGCAGCCCUGACCCGUCCCUGGCGAGAGAACGCGCUGGAGGGAGGUGGCUUGGCAGGAUAGGCCAGGCCUGGGACAGGGUGGGACGGGCCCGAGGUGCUCCCAGUUUAAAACAAGCACCAGGGGAUAAACCCUCUGCAUGGUCACAUGGGGAAGGGACUGACAGGCCACAGGGGAUGCUCUCUGUUGGGUACAGCAGCCUCAAAUUAAGGAGGAGCCUUUGGGAAUCAGUUCCCACUGUCCCCAGGACAGCAGUGGUCUGGUUUUUAGAGGGAUUCAGAAAGUGUGGGGUCUCACAAGAGACUAUUUAAUCAUAUGCAUUUAAAACAAGUGGAGAAAACCAAACCUAAGGAAUUGUGGGGUGUGUUGAGCACCACUCAAACACUCUCAUGCCUUUAACCUCACUCCUUCAGGCCUCCCAAGGCAUGGUACUGCAGUAUUUCUCUUUUAUUUGAUAUCCUGGACAAGUAGCCUUAUGUACUGGUCUCUGAGUGCAUCCUUGUACCCUGCACUGCCAGCCAGGCUGCUCUGAGAGCCAGUCUGGGGGCUGGAAAGCCAUAUUGUAUAGGAAUUUGGGGUUUUUUUUAAACCAUAUAUGGAUUUUUAAUUGCAUAUUGUACAGAUUCAGCAUGUAAAUAAAUACAUUUUUGAAAAUAAAA